UAUGAAAAAUUAAAACGAUUACCUUUCGCGUGCUGACUGUUGCAUGCAACGGAGGUGUUUGAGCAGUGUGUGAUACCGAUUUUUACUUAUUCUGUUUUUUUUCAAAACAAAAAUAUAACGUAAUAUAUACGUUUAAUACCUUUUAUAAAUAUUUGUCUGUUGUUAUUGGUUAAAUAAACAAUCAAUUACGGUGGCGUUAACCCGUUCCAACGGGGCGGCCAAAUAAUUCUUCCCUCUUCACGGAAGGAAGUAACUUAAUAUUUAAAAAAAAAAAAAAAAUUAAAACGUUUAUAAUUAUAUCGGAAUCAAGGUUGUGUUUUCCUGAUAAGUAACUGCUUUGUGAUACUCGUGCUGCUCGAACAAUGUGCCACAUAUCAAACUGGAGUUCGCUGAAAAUUGUUCUGGCCUUUCUCUCGGUCAAUAUAUUUUGGCUGCUGAAGGUUUAUCCUCCGGCAGGAGGAGAUGCUCCGCAGAGGUGUCCGCCUGCAGAGGCUACUCCUCGCAGUCCUGCAACGGCGGAGUGUCCCUAGCAUUCCGACAUUGCCUUUGCGCUGUUGCAGCCGCUGAACAAUCUGGAUGGUUUUGUGGCUCCCAAUAACUCUGCAUCGCUGGCCUUCGAGAACAUGGACCUGAGCUACGGGCGCUGGGACAAUCAGCUGCUGUACAGGAUCAAGGACUUCGCUUUGCUGGGCGACCAGUACAUGGAUGCCUCGGACGGCAGUUUGGUGUGCCUGGCCACCCAGACUUCGGUGGAGCGCCUCAAUUCGCUGCCCCAGGUGGCUGCCAACUGGCAGGGUAAGAUGUCCGUGGCCGUUUUUGCCGCCGGUCAAGAGGAGUUCGUUAUCCUGCAAUACUUCGUCACCUACAUGCGCCUGUGCUUCGCCAACAUACGCGAGAAUGCCACCUUUCACCUGCUCACGCCCAAGGACUUCGACAAGUUGCCACGCGUGGUGGCUUUGCCCUUGAACAUGAAGGGCAAAUUCGACUGCCAGUACCCGGAUAGAACGCUCAAGUCCCUGCUUAAAUUUCGCUCGCUGAAAACGCUGCAGUGGCGGCAGAGGAACACCUAUCCGCAGAACCACAUGCGGAACCUCGCCCGCAAGGGCUGUCAGACGAAGUACGUCUUUCUCACCGACAUCGACAUUGUGCCCAGCACGAACAGUGUGCCCCAGCUGAACCACUUCUUCAGGACAGCCAAUUGCUCCAAGAGCUGUGCCUACGUAAUCCCCACAUUCGAAAUCGACGUAAGAGCCGCGUUUCCCCGCUCCAAGAAUGCUCUUAUCCGCUUGAUAAAGAAAGGACUCGCCAGGCCCUUUCACGAAAAGGUCUUUAUUUACAACCAAUAUGCGACUAACUUCUCCAAAUGGCUGUCCACGAACACAAAUGAGACUGAGGUAUCUGUCAGCCAUGUUGUAACGAACUUUGAGUUUCUGUACGAACCAUUCUACAUUGCUGUGGACAACGCACCAGCACAUGACGAACGAUUUCUGGGCUACGGGUUCACAAGAAACUCCCAAGUGUAUGAGAUGCAUAUAGCUGGCUACCAGUUCUACGUCCUUUCUCCCGUUUUCACCGGCCACUGGGGACUGCAAAGAAAGCAGGCGAGACCGGCUUGGCGAGAGCAACAGAACAAUGCGAAUCGCAGGAAGUUUGAUGUUUUCAAAAGCGAAAUAUUUGUGCGAUAUAAAAAUGAUCCACGCCUGCUGUUGAAAUCCAAAAAGAAUCAAAUCCUAGUUAAAUAAAUACUCCAUAGAUGAAAAGUAUUCAAAUAGCGUCUGCCUCUGGAGGAUGCUAGCCCCUACAGUUUUCCCCAAUUGUUUUUGAUAUCCAGUAAUGGGCAGUUUUUACAGGGCCUCUGUUGUGCUGAGAAGAGUUUAAUACACCAGGAAUCUGCAUGCUAAGUUUGACUGUUCUAGCUUUUACUUUUCGAGUAACUGCUAUAAAAAUACCCAAAUCAAUUCACUUACUCUAUGGGAAUUACAUGCGUUGCCAUGAGCUAGCGCUUAACAAUUCUUAGGCAGUUUCUUGAAUUUAAAACCCACCUUAGGAGCCACAAUUAUGCAUGCCCACAAAACGGCAAUCAUCCAAAAUGGUACAUAUAAGAACCAGCAUCUCAUUCUCGUAUUAUAACAGCUUAGAUGUUAAACUGUUUUAAGCCAAAAUGAACCGAAAUCUUGUAGUCUUGGUGCUUGCUUGCUUCGCUGUCAAUAUAGACGCAGAAUUUGAUGACGUCGAAAAUAUGGAAAUUCAAAACCACCCUGGAGACUUGAUAUCUAGCAAUCUAAAACGUUAUGGGCGCAAUCCAAGUCCACUUUCUGGUAAUAUUACAGUUCUGGAGGAUCUUACCGACAAACAUCGCAUGACUGUGGAUGCCCUAGAUCUUACAAGGGACGAGGUGGUGGACUUUCCGGGAGUGAGAAAUCGGACUAUCUGCGAUGCUAUCAAAACGUUCUAUGAUCCCUUCAUAAAAACCCAGGUUACCAAAGAAAACACCAAUUUGGACUUUAAGAAUGGAACGGUGUGCCCCUUUCCAAAAGGUAAUUACUGGGUCAAGGGCAUGGUGUUUGACGUUAAUAAGUUUGGGACAGGGAAAUGGUGGAGAAGAGGGAUAUACCAACUUAAUUUUACGGUCUUCCAUGAAGAUGGAACGCCAGGCGGCCGAAUUGAUUUAAAAGUUAAGCUUACAGAAAUAUAAUAAACUAAUCAAAUAAUUAUAAUCUGUGAAGGAAAAUAUUUAAACAGUGAUUUCAAUGUUAUGAAUAUAAGUGUAUUACAAAUAAUAAAUAUAAAAAAUGGUGGUGUUUACUGCAUCCUUAA